UCAAUGGAGUGUACUUGAAGUUUAACCUCAACACCCAAUAAGAUUGGACUCCUAACCCAUUUUUCUCUGGAUCGGCCCAAUAAAAAAAGAAUACUGGCAGGGUUUUCCCUUCAGUCAGUUAGGGUUCAGUUCAAGCUAAUAAAUAUUUUGACCAAAAGAAAAAGCUCAGAAAUCAGAAAUGGCUUCCAUGUUCUGCAACUCAGCGUUGAGAGUAGUUUCUAGGUCCCUCACAAAUCGUUUCAGAACCUUCGUUCAGAAAUCGUUGAUUCCCUCUUUGUUCUCUUCACCUUCCUCUGCGGGCAUUACUCAUGCAUCAAGGAUUUUGUCGGAAAUUGGGAGUGUUGAGUCUACGAUGCCACUCCAUAGCGCAAUUGCUAAUGCCAGACUCACAUCCAACAUGGCAUGCUAUUCCACCAGCUGGAGCAUGCUCUCUCAAGAAGGAAAAAAAAAAGACGGAAAAUUGAACUCUGUUUUGGUCAACUUGUUAGAGAAACCAAAACAUGAUAUUGAAGAUUCAAUUGCGUUUGUGAGGGAGAUCAUUGAGGAAAAGAAGAAAGAGUUCAUUGAACUUAGUAUGAUUGAUGGAUUGUGUGAUUUACCUAAGCCUAGCAAGCAGCUCCGCCUAACAUGCUUGAAUGUUUUUCAACUCUUCAAAUGA